ACAAUAUCAAGCAAAACCUCACAUGCGUCUAGACACCCCAAUCGCCACAUAGAUAUUCCAGAAGCAUGGUAUUCUUUAAUACGAAUAUCGCUUUGAUAUUUCCGCAUCGAAAACACUUUGUCUGUACGUACUAUCGAUAUGAAACCUUCUGUGCACCUUUCGACCAUUUUCUGAUUCGACCGCCCUCUUGGGCAUUUUAGCAUUCUCAACAUGGCUCGUUUAACCAAAAGCCGCCCAGUCUCUUCUCAUGAUCAUGCGCAACAACACGAUCGUCCUGUCGCUAUUACUAUAGAUGAGAAAGAUACGGGUAGGAAAUCGAUGGAGUCGAGUCGCAGCCAAGUGGUGAUUAGACCUACGUGGGGUUCAUUAUUCGCCUUUACGCAGCCAAAACACGGGUUUUCUCUGGUCAUCGCGAUUUUCACCUCCAUUACCGCGGGCUUGCCGCAACCGGUUGCAGCAAUUAUCUAUGGAAGGGUGUUUUCGUGUAUCACGCAGUUUGCGAGCGGAACGUCGAGUGCUGCGGAGCUUAUUAGUAAGGUUUCAUACUGGAGUAUUGCGCUGGCUAUCGCGGGCGGUGGAGCAUGGUUGGUGCAAGGUGCUUCGCUGGCUUCGUGGAUGCUCUUUGGGGAAUUACAGGCUAAGAGCGCGAGAGAGGGGGUUGCAGAUGCGUUAUUGGAGAAGGAUGUUGAGUGGUAUGAUUUGAGGGAAGACGGGAUCGGGUCCAUGCUAAUACGUAUACAAACGUAUGUCUCUACCCUUUGAGCGAGAAUUCAUCGCUAACAUCUUUAGGCAAAUCCGAGAGUUGCAAAUGGCCGUGUCACAACCUUUAGGGUUCCUGUUCACCGAAACCGCAGGAACGCUUAUUGCGCUGGCUGUCGCGUUCUUUUACUCUUGGAAGCUCACUUCAGUAAUCCUUGCUUCCAUAAUAAUUGCAGGAUUCAUUCUGACUUGGCUCUCACGAGGUCUUGCGCCAGCAACUGAAGCACAAAAGGCGGAACUUGCCAAAGCAUCAAAGUACUCCAAUAACGCGAUCAAUGCUAUCAAUGUUGUAAAGGCUUUCAACGGACGGGAACAUGAGGUGUGGCAAUACUACUCAACCAUCAGACAUGUCGCAUCAAAAUACCUGGCCCAAGCUCGCGCAAACGCAGUCCAAUUUGGCUUCACGAAAUUCCUUGUCAUCGCUCUUUUCGUGGAGGGUUACUGGUACGGUCUCAUCCUAGUUCGCCAAGGUCUUGAACCUGGACAUGUACUCACUACCUUUUAUUCUUGUUUGUAUGGUAUGCAAGCGAUCGAAAUAAUCUUACCUCAGUGGAUAGUGUUGACGAAGGGAAUGUCUGCUGGGAUGACUUUGAAGAUAAUGAUUGAUGAAGUCAAAGCGGACCCGAAUGAAAGGAAGUCUGGAAGUUUCGCUCCAGGCUCGUGUACUGGGGACGUCGAGAUCAAAGAUGUAAGUAUCCAAGGUCAUCGAAUUUAAUUGUUAAAACUAAUGGCACAAGGUCACUUUUUCAUACCCUUCAAAUCUCACACAACAAGUUUUAGUCAAAACCAAUUUUGUCUUUCCAGCUGGUCAAACCACUUUCGUUAUCGGCAAAAGUGGAUCGGGAAAGAGCACGAUCGGCAAUCUUCUCCUGAAAUUCUAUGAACCGACCGAGAGAAAGAUUCUCAUUGAUGGAAUGUUAAUCUCUGACUUGAACACGCAAUGGGUUCGCGAGAAUGUCUACUUGGCACAGCAGGACAGCCACCUCUUCAACGAAACGAUAUUGCAGAACAUCACCUUUGGCCGUCGAGAAAAUGCUACGAAGGAGGAUAUUCUGAUAGCUUCCAAGACGGCAGAUCUCAGCCAUACAAUGGCACUUCUUCCCGAGGGAUUUCAGACUGUAGUUGUUUCGAUGGGUGUUUCUUUGAGUGGAGGACAGCAACAGAGGAUUGCACUUGCGAGGGCGAGACUACGAGAUUCGCCGAUACUGAUUCUCGAUGAAUCAACCAGUGCCUUGGAUCAAACCAGCAGAGAAAAAGUGUUGAAGAAUCUUCGUGAUUGGCGCAAGGGAAAGACUACGAUUAUCAUUACUCACGACAUUGCGCAAAUUGACGAUAAAGAUUACGUCUAUGUAGUUGAAAGAGGAUCGGUUGUCCAAGAAGGGUUUCGCAAAAAGCUAGCCGCGGAUAUAGCAGGAAAAUCCUACUCUUACGUACCUCAGAAUGCGGUGCAUACCCCUGCUUCCGCAUUCAACUUUGGCCCUGAUUACUUUGAUAGAACAGUUAGCGAAGAACCAAGACGGGCUUCUGAGCCCCUAUCUCCCACGGUUGAGAGCUUUGAAGCGUCGAUUAGGGAAGAAAAUAAACAUAAAAACCGUAUCUCGGCAUUAUUGGGUAUGUCAGGGGCAAAAGCUCAGAGCUUGCUGCAAGGAUCCAACUUUCAAAAGAAAAGCAAUCGCUAUUCGUGGGGUAUGGGAGUUACACAGGUCAAUAAUUUGAGGGCUGAUGAGUUGUGGCAAAGCUCUUCAAGUCGCCCUGUUAGUAGUGUCUGUACUUCCAACAUCUUGGAACCUGUCCAGGAACCUUUUGGUCCGGUUGAAGGCGCUAUGGAUGUUCCUGUACCUGAAGCUCCACGAUCUCAGACCCCUCCGCCACCGAGCCCUACAAGGCAGGAAAUGCAGGAUCUGGAACAACUUGUUGCUUCGCUACCGACUCAUCGGAAGAGCAGCAGUGGUGAAACUCACUUCUUUAAGCAUCGAUACUCCAGCGUUGCCAAAGCGGCAAUGAUCCCACCCACUCCAUCAGUCCACAACAUCCCCGACGUCAAAGGCGAAACACAACAUGGUGACUUUAUUAGACUCGAAGACAUAAAGGCUUCCCGCUCCUCAAAUGAUGAACCCUCACAGAAACCACUGAAGGCCAUCCUCGCCACAGUCUGGAGGACCUUGGCGUGGAGAGAUAAAACCAUUCUCGUUUUUGGAUUUGUGAUGGCCUUUGCGCUUGCAGCAGCCACACCGGCAUUUGCCUUCCUCUUUGGUCAAUUACUAGCUACCUUUUACACAACCGUCAAUCAAGAAUACCUCGCGAUGAAAUGGUCGCCUGCACUCCUCGGCAUUGCGUUUGUGAAUGGAUUUUCUGCUUUCUCCACGCAUUAUGCCUUGGAACAUGCAGGUGAGGCUUGGGUAAAUUCUUUGCGAGUAGAAGCUUUGAAACGUAUCCUUUCCCAACCGAAAUCGUGGUUUGAAAAACCGGAGAACAACGCGGGAAAGUUGAAUGAGUGUCUUGAUAGGAAUGCGGAGGAGAUGAGGAAUAUCGUGGGACGCUUUGCUGUACCUGUCUUUACGGCUCUCUGGUUGAUCGUUAUAUCUAUCAUUUGGGAUUUCAUCAUUUCGUGGAAAUUGACAUUGCUGUUCCUGGCGUGUGGACCACCGAUGCUUGUGGCAAGCAGAGUGUUUGAUUUCGUUUCCUCAAAAUGGGAAGGGAAAUCCGAAGUCGCGGCUCAGAAAACGAGUGCCGUCUUCACCGAAACAUUUUCCAAGAUUCGAGUUGUCAGGUCAUUGGGCUUAGAGAGCUGGUUCUUGGGGAAGCAGAAGAAGGCUACAGAAGUAGCUUACAAAACUGGUGUCCUUCGAGCCGUUUACUCAGGGCUCUUCUACGGCGUCACAGAUACCGUAUCACUCUGCUCCGCAGCUCUCAUCUUCUACUACAGCGCCAUUCUCAUCACCAAAGGCGGCAGCGUUGCCUGCAUUUUCCAAGUCGUCAACCUCUUGCUCUUCGGCAUCUGGGGCGCCACAGGAAUGGUAUCCAUCGUCCCCCAACUAAACAGCUCCCGCACAACCGUCACGCAAAUUCUCCGACUCGCUAACCUCCCCCUGACGUCCCAUGAAACCCUCGGCUCCAAGAAGAUAAUCAACAUCUUCCCCAUCGAAUGUCGAAACCUGAACUUCACAUACCCAUCCAACAUCUCCAAACGCAAAGCAUUAAACCACCUCAACCUCACCAUCUCCUCCGGCACCUGCACCGCCCUCGUCGGCCCCUCGGGCUCGGGAAAAAGCACCCUCACCUCCCUCCUCCUCUCCCUCUACCCACCCGACCCCUCAUCCCCCAACGGCCACCCACCUGUCUCCUUCGGCGGCCACUCCAUAACCAACCUCCACAUCCCCACGCUCCGCUCCCAAAUCUCCAUCGUCCCCCAACAAGCCCUNCUCAUCCCCCAACGGCCACCCACCCCUCUCCUUCGGCGGCCACUCCAUAACCAACCUCCACAUCCCCACGCUCCGCUCCCAAAUCUCCAUCGUCCCCCAACAAGCCCUCCUCUUCACCACCACCAUCCUCUCCAACAUCCUCUACGGGCUUCCCGAAUCCUUCCCCACCGCCCACGCCACGGCCGCCGCCCAAGCCGCCAUCGACGCCGGCAUCCACACCUUCAUCCUCUCGCUCCCGUCGGGCUACCAAAAACUCAUCGGCGAUGGCGGACAGACGCUUAGUGGCGGACAGGCGCAACGGAUCUGCAUCGCUCGCGCCCUCGUUCGCCGGCCGAAACUGCUGAUUCUGGAUGAGGCGACGAGUGCAUUGGAUGCGAUUACGGCGGAGGGCAUCAAGCGGACGGUACAUAGGGCGAUGGAGAGGGAGAGGGGGAUGAGUGUGCUUGUUAUUAGUCAUUCGGUGGAGAUGAUGAGGGUUGCGGAUAGGAUGGUGUAUCUUGAGGAUGGAGCUGUGGGGGAGGCUGGGGGAUGGGGGGAGCUUGUUAAAAAGGGUNUGGGAAGGGAAUAG